CAUCACGAACCAUCGGACUCUGUCGGCCACGGUUCCCUACCGCCACCCCUCAUUUUAUACGAAGUGAAAUAAACACGGCAAGCACCGAGUACCCCAACAGUAACGUCUCGUCACAAUGGUGCAGGCCGACUCGGAGAGGGUGCGCGAGGCGCAGAAGCUGGCCAAAUCGGACCCGCAGAAAGCAGAGGAAGUCUACAAGGAGAUCAUCUCGAAGCCGCCAUCCGUGACAUCCGAUGCCGCCAUCAGGGAAUAUGAGGCUGCACUGAUCAGCUUGGGGGAGCUCUACCGCGACCAGAAGAACACAGACCAGCUCGCCGCCUUGGUAACUAAGAGCAGGACAGUCUUGUCCUCGUUCGCAAAGGCAAAAACAGCCAAGCUGAUCCGUCAGCUGCUCGACCUCUUCGAAGCCAUUCCGCACUCUCUCGACAUCCAGAUAGCAGUCACCAAAUCCUGCAUAGAAUGGGCUACCUCAGAGCGCCGGAGUUUCCUCCGACAAAACUUGGAGACGCGUCUUGUGACCCUCUACAUGGCAAAGCAGUCCUACUACGACGCGCUGACCUUGAUCAACGGCCUGCUGCGCGAGCUCAAGCGCAUGGAUGACAAGCUGGUGCUGGUUGAGGUGCAGCUGCUCGAGUCGCGCGUCUAUCACGCCCUCGGCAACAUCGCCAAAGCCCGCGCCGCCCUCACCAGCGCUCGCACCUCGGCCGCUUCCGUCUACACCCCGCCGCUCCUGCAAGCCAACCUUGACAUGCAGUCGGGCAUGCUGCACGCCGAGGACAAGGACUUCCAGACGGCCUACAGUUACUUCAUCGAGGCGCUAGACGGCUACCACACGCAGGACGAGCCGGCGCGCGCCCAGGCCGCCCUGCAAUACAUGCUGCUGUGCAAGAUCAUGCUGAACCUGGCCGACGACGUCAACCAGCUGAUGGCGUCCAAGCAGGCCCUCAAGUACGCCGGCCAGUCGCUCGAGGCCAUGAAGGCGAUUGCGCGGGCGCACUCGAACCGCUCGCUCGAGGAGUACGAGCGGGCGCUGGCCGCCUAUAAGUACGAGCUCGGCAGCGACGCCUUCAUCCGCAACCACCUGCGUCGCCUGUACGACGCCAUGCUGGAGCAGAACCUGAUCAAAGUGAUCGAGCCCUUCAGCCGCGUCGAAAUCGACCACAUCGCCAAGAUGGUCGGGCUCGACACGCAGCAAGUCGAGCGCAAACUGUCGCAGAUGAUCCUCGACAAGGUCAUCGUCGGCGUGCUCGACCAGGGCGCCGGCUGCCUCAUCAUCUAUGACGAGACGCAUCGGGACGAGGCCUAUGACUCGGCACUGGCGACCAUCGAGAAGCUGAGCAACGUGGUGGAUGUGCUUUAUACCAACCAGGCGUCGCUGUUGGAGUAAGCGAGCAUUGGGUCUACUGGGUGUGUAAUACUACGGUUUGCGCGGUGCUUAGAAAGGCUGCCCGAAAUGGAAACGUACAUCACCUCGCUGGUAUCAAGCCUAU